GCGGGGCGGCGGCGGCGCUGUGAGGAGCAGCGCGGGGCCUGCGCGGCUCGGCGCCGGGCGGGCAUGGCGGGCCGCGGCCGCCGCGCCUGGCUCAGCGUCCUGCUGGGGCUGGUGCUGGGCUUCGUGCUCGCCUCGCGCCUCGUCCUGCCCCGCGCUUCCGAGCUGGCGGCGGCGGCGCGGCCCCGCCGAACCCGCCCGCAGGGCUGCCGCCAGUCGCCCGCCGCCGCCCCGCCGCGCCGCCCCGGCCCGCCGGCCCAGAGCUUCCUUUUCGUGGGGGUUAUGACGGCGCAGAAGUACCUGCGGAGUCGCGCUGUGGCUGCCCACCGAACGUGGUCCAAAAGCAUUCCUGGCAAGGUUGAAUUCUUCUCCAGCGAGGGUUCAGACACCUCUAUUCCCAUCCCCAUCGUGCCGCUUCCAGGUGUAGAUGACACUUACCCACCUCAGAAGAAAUCUUUUAUGAUGCUCAAAUAUAUGCAUGACCACUACCUGGACAAAUACGAAUGGUUUAUGAGAGCUGAUGAUGAUGUCUACAUCAAAGGGGACAAACUGGAGAGCUUCCUCAGGAGCCUGAACAGCAGCGAGCCCCUCUUUCUUGGGCAGACUGGCCUUGGCACCACAGAGGAGAUGGGGAAGCUGGCGCUGGAACCGGGCGAGAACUUCUGCAUGGGAGGACCAGGAGUGAUCAUGAGCCGGGAAGUCCUGAGGAGGAUGGUGCCCCACAUUGGCGAGUGCCUGCGAGAGAUGUACACCACCCAUGAGGAUGUGGAAGUGGGCAGAUGCGUGCGGAGGUUCGCGGGAGUGCAGUGUGUGUGGUCCUAUGAGAUGCAGCAGCUGUUCUAUGAGAACUAUGAGCAGAACAAAAAAGGUUACAUCCGAGACCUGAGGAACAGCAAAAUACACAGAGCCAUAACCCUGCACCCUAAUAAGAACCCCCCCUACCAGUAUAGGCUUCACAGCUACAUGUUAAGCCGCAAGAUAGCGGAGCUGCGCCACCGCACCGUGCAGCUGCACCGGGAGAUCGUCCUGAUGAGCAAGUACAGCAACACGGAAAUCCACAAGGAUGACCUGCAGCUGGGGAUGCCUCCCUCCUUCAUGCGAUUCCAACCCCGGCACCGGGAAGAGAUCUUGGAGUGGGAGUUUCUGACGGGGAAGUAUUUGUAUUCGGGCGCCGAUGGGCAGCCCCCUCGGAGAGGGAUGGACUCUUCUCAGCGCGAGGCGCUGGAUGACAUCGUUAUGCAGGUGAUGGAGAUGAUCAACGCCAACGCCAAGACCCGGGGGCGGAUCAUCGAUUUCAAGGAGAUACAGUACGGCUACCGCAGAGUCAACCCCAUGUACGGCGCCGAGUAUGUGCUCGACUUGCUCCUCCUCUACAAGAAGCACAAGGGGAAGAAGAUGACCGUCCCUGUCAGGAGGCAUGCCUACUUGCAGCAGACCUUCAGCAAGAUCCAGUUCAUGGAGCACGAAGAGAUAGAUGCCAAGGAGCUGGCCAGCAAAAUCAACCAGGAUUCAGGAUCCUUGUCAUUCCUCUCCAACUCGCUGAAGAUGUUUGUUCCCUUCCAGCUUAGCAGAUCAAAAGUAGAGAGGAAGGAGCUCAAAGACAAGAAGAUCAACAUCCUGAUUCCUCUCUCUGGACGCUUUGACAUGUUUGCAAGGUUCAUGGGGAACUUUGAAAAGACGUGCCUCAUCCCAAACCAGAACGUCAAGCUGGUCGUCCUGCUCUUCAACUCCAACUCUAACCCCGACAAGGCGAAGCAGAUCGAGCUUAUGAGAGAUUACCACUCCAAGUACCCCAAGGCUGACAUGCAAGUCUUACCUGUGUCGGGGGAGUUCUCCAGGGCACUGGCUCUGGAAGUUGGAUCUUCUCAAUUCCAGAACGAGUCUUUACUCUUCUUCUGUGAUGUUGACUUAGUGUUUACCACAGACUUCCUCCAGCGGUGUAGAGCCAAUACAGUUUUGGGUCAACAAGUAUACUUCCCCAUCAUUUUUAGCCAGUAUGAUCCAAAGAUUGUUUAUAGUGGAAAAGUUCCUAGUGACAAUCAUUUUGCCUUCACCCAGAAAACAGGUUUCUGGAGGAACUAUGGCUUUGGUAUCACCUGUAUUUACAAAGGUGAUCUCCUUCGAGCAGGCGGCUUUGAUGUCUCCAUCCAAGGCUGGGGCCUUGAAGAUGUCGACCUGUUUAACAAAGUCAUUCAAGCUGGCUUAAAAACUUUCCGAAGCCAAGAGAUUGGAGUAGUCCACGUGCACCACCCUGUUUUUUGUGACCCUAAUCUUGAUCCAAAACAAUACAAAAUGUGCUUGGGGUCCAAAGCCUCAACUUACGGGUCCACGCAGCAGCUGGCUGAGAUCUGGUUUGAAAAAAACGACCCCAGUUUUGGGAAAAGCAGCAAUACGAACGGCUCGGUGAGGACAGCCUGAUGUCCAGCUAUGCUGGCAAAGACUUCUUUUUUAAUUAUCUAAUUUAUUUUUGGGGGAAAAUGUUUUUUGAUAAUUCACUUUUAAAAGACCACACAGGAUAUAUUUUAGGAAUCGUCGUCGUUUUCUUAUGAAGCGCUCGUUUUGAGAAGAACAAAGCUGUUGGGGCUUUUGUUGUUGUUGCUGUCGUUGUUGUCAUUGUGUUCUUGGGUUUGAACAAAACUGUGAUCAAUACUUGCCUUCAAAUGAAAAACAAAUUAAUUGUUUAAUAAGAGUUACCUUGGCCCAUCAGCAGAGAUGUGACUUGAAUUAGAAUUUCCCUAUGAACUAAAAGAUUGUUCCCUACCUUUCCCAUUGCUGCCCUCUUUGCUGGGGUCCGGUACGUUGGAACUGGCGCGUGCAAGCCAGGGAGUGUCCUGAGCCUUUGGUUGUGGUGGUUGCCAUGCAAAGAUUCUGCUCCUUUGGUUCAGGGUGGUCAGUGUGUUUUAAACUGUGUUAGAAGGAAACAGAUUGGGGUGGGGAUGAUCAAGGUGGUCACCACAGGAGGGUUUUACCAGACGGGUGAUGAUUUCAGCUUCCAAAUACACUUCUGCCUACUCUGGCCAGGGGACUUCAAGGGAAGGAUGGAAGUAAGCACAACCUGCUCUCUUGUUACUCCUUGUAGAAAUUGUUUUCUUUGCUAUUUGGUCCACAUAUGGACACCAUGUUUUAGGAACCCAUUGUGGGUUCCUUGUGUUGCCCUCAAGCGCUGUCCUGUCCAGAGCUGAGGGGAUGUCACCACGGAGCACCGAAGCGCCACAAGGCAGGAGAAGAGGAUGGGAAACGUGAAUCUCCUCCAGCAGCAAACAGUUGGUGUUCCCUACGGAGAGCUUUGAGAAACCUUCUGCACCAAGUGUCCUGCACCUGACUGUGCUGAGUUUGUUCCGUCGGCGACGUGAGGUCCAUGGGAACAAUUAUGACAUCUGAUUGCUACUUUUGGUUUGGGAUUAUCUUUUUGUUUGUGUUUUAUUUUCUGUAUCUGAUAGACCUUUAAUUUAUUUAAUAUCCAUUGCUCUAGGUUCUUGACCUUUCCUUGAGUAUCUGUUAGUCAUUUAAUAUGUGAUAUAUAUAUAUGUGUGUGUAAAUAUAUAUAUAUAUUAGGAAUGUAUUGCAUCUUCUCACUGAUAAGGUAGUGUACAUCAUACUGCAGUAAAUGAUCUCCAAAGAUUACUUUCUGAAAUAUUUUUUCAUGGAUCUCUCUUUUUUCCCCCUUUCCUCACCCCCCAAAUUUCUUUUAACAUUUUUUUGGAAUGACAUCGAUCAGCUUAAGAUUUUUUUUUUUUUUGGUAUUCUACAAGGAACUGGGGAUGGGGAAGCUGAACACAAGGCAAGUGUGAUCCCUGUGAAUUAACACCUAGCAAGGUAAGAGAAGAUACACAAAUCAAAGUGCCUUAAAGCUAGAAAGGGAACCUUUUGCCCUGAGACUUAGACAGCGAAUGGUCAGUGAAGCAGACGUUCUCUUGGGACCUGCCUACCUGUAAAUAUCUCACUCGGAAACAAAACAGGAAAACCAGCCAGCAAUCUAUUUUUCUAUUGUUACCCUCCAGCACCAUUUCGUCUCAUUGCUCUCAGUUCCACUUUGCCUGCUUUUUGAGACCAGUGAAGGAACAGAGGAAAACCGAUGCUUGGGUCAUUGCUGUGUGAAGGGAUCUUAUGGAGUAAUUGCUGUUCCGGUAGGAGACAUAACCAUUGGUUACACAUGUAUGGGGUAUGAGCUGCAGCUAGUGUAGACUUGAUGUCUUAAAAUGUUCAUUGUUUUUUGGUGACAGUCCCAAGGAUGUAGGUACCUGGAUGGAUUCAGUGCAUGGAAAAUCUCUCUUUUCUCCUUUUUUUUGGGGGUUUUGGU